GUAGCCUCACUCUUCAUUUCCCACAGCCUCUCAGGGUUGUCCUCAUCUCCUGUAGCCAGCAUCAACUCGUUGAUAGGAUCUUCUCUGGACUGCUUCCUAUGAAAACAUUUGGGAGCACGGUGAGCAGAGACCAGUCUCCAAGAGGCUCCGCCCCCCAACUCCUUACCUGCUGCUCCUUUCCCGUUGCCAGCAGACAUGCCCAGCUCACCCAUAUAUUCAAGGCUCUAUCACUUCGUGCAAACUCAUUUCCCCAGGAAACAAGACUUGGAGCCUAGGACUGAGAGCACGGAGGCAACUCCAAAAGAGAACAUUCCGGGAGAAGAGUCAUCCCAGGGGGUGAAAGUAGAAACAUUCAGAGGGGCGGAUCUUUGCCACUCCACUUUUAGGGGAUGUGGGGAAAGAGAGAGCCAGAGAAAGAGGCAGCAGGUAAACAAGGAGAGUGGUGUGAGAAAAAAGACUCAGCAUCAGAAGACUCAAAAUGGAGAGAAAUGUUAUAAAUGUCAUGAGUGUGAACAAGCCUUCACUCACAGUUCAAGCCUUGUUCUCCAUCAGAGGAGUCAUACUGGGGAGAAGCCUUACAAAUGUGAUGAAUGUGAGAAAUCAUUCUCUCGAAACUCAAGCCUUAUCCUGCACCAGAGGAUUCAUACUGGAGUGAAGCCUUAUAAAUGUAACACAUGUGGCAAAGCCUUCAUUCAGAGUUCAACUCUUAUUGCCCAUCAGAUGUUUCAUGCUGGAGAGAAGCCUUAUACAUGCAGUGAGUGUGGGAAAGCUUUCAUUCAAAGGUCAGAUCUUGUUAAGCACCAGAGGAUUCAUACUGGAGAGAAGCCUUAUAAAUGCAGCGAAUGUGGGAAAGCCUUCAUCAAGAGCUCAACCUUGAUAGUACAUCAGAUGAUUCAUACUGGAGAGAAGCCUUAUACAUGCAAGGAAUGUGGGAAAGCCUUCAUUCAGAGGUCAACCCUUAUUGUACAUCAAAUGACUCAUACUGGAGAGAAGCCUUAUAAAUGCAGUGAGUGUGGGAAAGCCUUCACUCAGAAGUCUCACUUAGUCCAACAUCUGAGGAUUCAUUCUGGAGAGAAGCCUUAUAAAUGUUACGAAUGUGGGAAAGUAUUCACCUACUCCUCACAUGUCUUUCGGCAUCAAAGAAUUCAUAAUGGAGAGAAGGCUGAAAAAUAUAAAGAGUAAGAGAUAGCAUUAAUUCGGAAUUUAACACUUAUUGAACAUCUGCUGAAUGAUACUCAAAAUCAGUCCCAGAAAUAUAAAUAACUGGGGAAAGCACUGAUUCAGAAUUCAACCCGUGUGGAACACUUGAGAAUUUGUACUGGAGAGAAAACAUUGACGUAAAGAAUAUAAGAAGUAAUUUACUGAGAACUCAACCUUUGUUAAGUGUCAAAGUAUUCAUACUGAAUAGAAUUUUAUAAAUACAAGGAAUUCGGGGAAGGCUUUUAGUAAAUGCUCAAACUUUAUUCAUUAUCAGUUGAUUCAUAUUGAAGAGGUCUCAUGAAUGUCAUGAGUGUGAGAAAGGCUUCUGUGGCAGUUCGAACCUUGUUAGACAUCAGAAAUGAAUGAAGGAAAAAGCAUUUGUUAAGAGUUUCUUAUGUGCCAACAAACACAGUGCUAAGAGCAAAUACACAAAUAAAUAAAAAGAUAAUUUUUGUUUCUAAGGAUCUUUGAAUUUAAUUGGAGGUGGGAGUACACUUAGAAAGUUCUGCAGUAGGGAGAAUGGAAAGGCACAACAGUUCCCAAGUGUUCACCUAUAGUUCCAGUGGCAAGGUGCAGAAGUCUUUAGCAUAUACCUGGGUCCCUUCCCCGCAAAGAAUGCUCCCAGUAUCGGGAAUAGUGGUGUGGACUCGAUAAAUUGUGAACAAAUAGUUCUUAAGGAAAUAAACCCAAGCUUUUGAUAACCAUUUAUAAAUGCCCCCAGUAAAUCAUUAGAGAAAUGUAAAUUAGGCAACUUUCAGGUUCAACCUCACACCCAUCAGAUGGGUAAAGUUGACCAAAAAAAGGAAAAUGACAAAUGUUGGAUGGGCUGUGGGAAAAUAGGUCCAUUAAUGCAUUUAUUAGUGGAACUAAGUGUGACUGGUCCAGACAUUUAGGAAAGCUAUUUGGAACUGUGAUCUGGGCCUAUACUCCCAAAGACUUUAUAAAAGAGAAUGAGAAGGGACCCAUAUAUACAAAACUAUUUGUAACAUUUCUUUUUGUGGUGGCAAAGACCUGAAUCCUGAGGGAGUACCUGCAAUUGGGGGAUGGUUGAAAACAAUUAUGGCAUAUGAAUGUAAUGGAAUACUAUAUUGCUAAAUAAAAUGAUGAAAGGCAUGAUUUCUGAGAAACCUGACAAGGCAUGUAUGAACUGCUGCAGAGUGAAGCGAGCAGGACCAGGAAAAGAAUUUAUACAUCGUCAUCAUCAUCAUCAUCAUUAAAAAAUGAACGAUUUUGAAAGGCUUAAUAGCUCUGGUCAACACAAUGACCAACCAUGCUUCUAGAAUUCUAGUGAUGAAGAAUGCUGCCCACCUCUUGAUGAAGAGGUGAUAUACUAAAUAUGCAAAACAAGACAAAUAUUUUUAGAAAUUUUUGUUUUUCUUUACUAUACCCCCCCCCCAGAGGUGGGAGGAAAACAAAAAUACUUGCUAGUUGAAAACAGUUUCUGAAAAGGAAUGUGAGAGUGAGUCUAAGGGUCAAAAUAAAAAGAGGAUUCCAGAUUCUUAUUAAUUAGGGAGGAGGUGAAGGUUCAGGGUCUUGCCUAGAGGGGAAAAGUGGGGAAAAGCAUCAACAGACUGGAGUAGAAUUGGGAAAAGGGAGAAAUAGAGUUGUAGUGGACAGAUGUUUUGAGACCCUCUAGGCAUCCCUGGGAUGGGAUCUGGGACUUUUUGUCAGUGGGGGAGGUGGAAACAUUGGAGGAUUCAUAUUGGAAUGAAUUCAUAGAAAAGUAAUAGAUGUCUGAAAGAUUUCUCAUACAAUAACAACCUCACUCAUCAGAGGAUUUUUGUGUGUGUGUGUGUGUGUGUGUGUGUGUGUGUGUGUGUGUGUGUGUGUGUGUAGGUAGGUAGGUAGGGAAUGGGGUUUCGGAACUAGCCACCUCUAACUUAGGUUAGUUUUAUAUUUAUAUGAAUAUAUAUGCAUUUGUUAUUUUUCUGUAAGUAAUAUGAUACAUUUGGGGUUUUUUUUGUUUGUUUUGUUUCUUGGAUUCAUUCUAUAACUUUUACUUAA